AUGAGUGGACUGACGGACGAAGCUGUGCUUGAGGGCCACGACCUCAUCGACGGUGCCGAGCACGAGGCCCUGGCCGAUCCCAAGGACUUUAAGAAAGUCCACUCGGUCGGCGAGACGGGCGGCUCCAUCCUGCCGGACGUCGACAGCGCGGCCUCGAGGUCUGCCAAACCGGCGGAGGCUCGGAAAGGCACCGAGUCGCUCGGAUCGAAGCUAAAUGAGCUCAAGGACAAGGUGGCCAAAGACUAA